GAGCUCUCGUUAUCAGCCAUGUUAGUGAGGAGGCGAAACGGUUAGUACCAUGCCGUUUCUCCUCAUGUCAUCUGGGUUGAAUCCAGACCUAGUAUCAUACCUGCAACCUCUUGAAGUAAAAACUGGAUGUCAUUCAUUCACAUUUGGAUUUAGUUUUUUAUUCUCAGCUGCCUGGAAGAUAAAUGUGUAAUAUUUGCUGUAUCAUUUUUGGAUUUGGUUUUAUUUGAUCAUGUGGUGAUGGAAUAAUGUGACGCAGCAUAAGAUGAAGAUGUAACAAAGUUGGGAAACAGUCUUGGAAUAUUUCACCUCAAGCAGGACGUUAAAGUGGAGCUGAUCAUACUCAAAUAUAUUUAUUUAACUUUCAUCUUGAAGAAUGGGGAGGAUUUGUUGGAUUUGUGUUUUUCUUGGACUUCAAAUAAUUUUUGUCAAUGGAGCCUUCACUGAUUAUAAGGCACUAUCAUCACAAGUAGAUGAUGAUGAUUGGACGGAGUGGAGUAGAUGGAGCGAAUGCUCAAGAACAUGCGGAGGAGGGGCAUCCUACCAGACGAGACAGUGUAACACCGGUCAUUCUUGCACCGGUAGAAAUAUCAGAUAUAAAACAUGUAAUACACAGGAAUGUUUGGGAGAGGAGUUGGAUUUCAGAUCACAGCAGUGUGCAGCUUAUAAUGAUGAGAAGUAUGAAAACAGAACAAUAGAAUGGGAACCAGUAGAAUCUUCAUCAUUACAAGAAAUGUGUUCACUCGUAUGCAGAGUUAAGCAUCACAAUUUUACUAAGAUGCUUGCACCAAAAGUACUAGAUGGGACUAGAUGUAACAGAUACUCGGUUGAUAUGUGUAUUGCUGGAAAAUGUGAGCCUGUCGGAUGUGAUCAUGAAUUCAAUUCGACUGCAACAUUUGACAGAUGUAAGGUGUGUAAUGGAGACAAUACGACUUGCCAAUUAAUGAAGGGACGCAGAGUCGUUGAUGCAAGGGAUACAGGUCUCCAGGAUGUAAUGUUAAUACCUACUGGUAGUCAUACCAUCAAGCUAUCAAGUAAAGAUCUUGGAAGUACCCUAGGACUCCAUGAGAUCGAUGAGACCAAGGGGCUGAAUCAGGCAGCAGGUCCGGCAGAAGACACCUUGUAUCCCAUAGCAGGGACAGUGGCAUACUACAGAAGAUUCAGAAGUGGAAGGGAGCAGAUACUCAUCGACCAGAUCAUCAAACGGGAUCUUGUGGUAACGGUGUAUUUAUCAGACAGCAGACGAUCACGCGAGAAGCUUCAUUACCAAUACCUGUAUCCACUAACCCAUGUCUGGAAGAACAGAGGAUGGUCAGCCUGUUCAGCUUCAUGCGGAGGAGGUCAGCAAUCAAGCGUGUUGGACUGUACCAAUGUUGCUACAGGUGAAACCGUUGAAGACAGCAGAUGUGAGGGACAGAAACCAGAAGUUAAUGCCAGAGGCUGUAAUAAUGUCAACUGUCCACCCAGAUGGGAAGGAGAGCCAUGGGGUGCUUGUACAGUAUCAUGUGGGUCUGGUACACAGACUAGAGAUAUCUACUGCAUCCAGAAGAUAUCUACGAGUAUGACAGUGAGACUAUCAGACGAUAUGUGUGACGGGUCGAGACUGGCUUCUGUACAGGCUUGCAAUGUUGAUCCUUGUCCCUACUGGAAACCCGAGCCUUGGUCACCGUGUUCGGUCACCUGUGGCCAGGGUAUGAGCACAAGGGAGAUUAUGUGUCGCAAUCAUCGUAAUGAACUUGCCAUGGGAUGUGAUGUAGAUACAAUGCCUUCCAUAAGAACAGUGUGUUUGCCAGGAAUACCCUGUCUACCAGACCCUGAUACCAAUACACCAGAAGUUAAUAGACCUGAACUAGCAACGACAUCUCCUCUUGAGAAAAAAGAAACAGCCGAAGUUCCAAGAUACUAUACCGGAGAGUGGAGUCCGUGUAGCACCUCCUGCGGUCCCGGUACCAGGACCCGAAGUGUGCGAUGCAAGGUCUAUCUCCAAGCCUUCAGUUCAACCUUCGACAUCAGCGACUUGGAUUGUCAAGGCUCACCCCGCCCUCAUGACGUAGAAGAAUGCCAGGAUACGGAAUGUACCCCACCCCAGGGAGCAUCCCUAUUUGGUCCAUCUAGAUCUUCAGUACCAGUUCAUACGGAUCCCACAGAACCCAAUGUGGUCCAACCAGACCCUACCUUAGAGCUUGGACCAAGACCAGAUGUAGAUAUAUUUAUAUGGCGAUAUUGGGGCUAUUCUCCAUGCAGUGCUUCAUGUGUUGGAGGUGUACAGGAAUCGAUAGUCCGUUGUGUUAAUGCCUUCACUGAUGAGUUGGUGAGCGAUGCUCAUUGUGAUUACAGCCUUAAGCUACCGACCAGUCAACAAUCUUGUAAUGAAAGACCAUGUCCCCCUGAAUGGAAGGUUUUCUUAUACGGAGAGUGUUCUUCAUCUUGUGGUCAAGGGGUGAAGUACCCAACUGAUAUAUACUGCAUCCAGAAAGCAUCCAGGAAUUCAGGUGUGUCCGUCAACAUACUCACCAAAGAGCAUUGUACAGGACCUAAACCAAACAACUCGUUACCUUGCGAAGCAACCUGUCCAGCUACUUGGGUCUUAGGAGAUUGGUCAGAGUGUUCUGCUACAUGCGGUUACGGUGCAGGAAAUAAAACCAGGAGUGUAUCUUGUCAGCAGACCAUCCCUACCGGAGGAGAUAUUGAAGUAGAUAUAACCAGCUGUCCACUGCCUGUGCCUCAUACAGUCGAAGAAUGCGACAAUGUCCAAUGUCCACCCUACUGGAUCGCAAGAGCGUCUUCACCGUGUUCCCAGAGCUGUGGGACCGGUGUUCAGUCGGUAUCAUUGACAUGUCAUCAGAUGACACCAGUAGGUGAGGAGAUUGAGUUGGAUUCUCAGCUAUGCCCUAUACCACCACCUCCAGACACUCAACCAUGUAACGAAAUAGACUGCCCUGUUCAGUGGACAAUACAAACACUUUCACAGUGUUCUGCUAGCUGUGGAGCCGGUAUUCAGCUUCGUUCUGUGUUGUGUGGAAGAAUCCUUGCUAAUGGCACACAGGUUUACAUUGAUCAAAGACAUUGCAUGCCAGACAGAAGACCAGCUGAUCAUGUGACCUGUCAUUUAGCAAAAUGUACCGAUAUUGAGAUCCUAUCAAAUCGUUCUACAUUCUACCAGACUGGGCUGGUCAGUAAAGUGAGACUUGUCAUUGGUCAGGAAGCCUAUGUCUACGAAUCAACCGUGGUCACUAUCAAAUGCCCCGUGGUCAACUUCAAGAAGAGCCAGCUGAUAUGGGAGAGGGGACUGUCACCCAUAGAAGACACGGAUCCUAGGAUUAAGGUGGUGUCGGGUGGUAUACUCCGCAUCAAGUAUGUUGAAGAAAGAGACUCUGGCGUGUACGCAUGCAGAGCAGGUGAUCAGAGGGAGACCAUUACACUUCAUGUUAGAUCUGGAUUACCAACAUAUGAGAAAUCAUCUGACCAAGCUUUGCCCAAUUCUACCAGUAAUGACGAUAUAAGGUGGCAUCUGGGUAGUUGGAGUGAGUGUUCUGCUAGUUGUAAUGGCGGCUGGCAAACGAGAGAAGUCCGAUGUCUGAGGAACAAUCUUGUCGGCCGAUCUAAACCAAGGGAUGCUGGGAUAUGUAAGAGUGUUGGACUUGAAGAGCCGAUCACACGCAAGGAAUGUAAUAAACAUCCGUGUCAAAACCAUUGGGUCGCUGGUAUUUGGUCACAGUGUACUGGGGAGUGUGUUGGCGUAAGGCGAUCGUUGCAGACUAGAGGAGUCUUGUGUCGUAGUGCAUCCCUUGAUAUACUCACUGAUGAAAGGUGUCCAGUGGCUUCUAAACCCCUCCAUGAGAGGCUGUGUAUCAAUGACGAAUGCAGGCCAAAGUGGCUUGUUACAAAAUGGAGCAGUUGUUCAUCAUCUUGUGGAGUGAAUGCUGUUCAGAGGCGUAAGGUACGAUGUGUUACAUCAGAGACCAGGGUGAGGAUGGAAAGUUCCAUCUGUGCUGCUGUCUUUGGUCAACCUCAUAUCAUGAAGAAAUGCCUUCUUGAUCCCUGUCCUAAUGAGGAAUGCCUAGAUGAAGGAACAUAUUGUAGUCUUGUACACAGACUGCAGAUGUGCAACAAUCCAAGCUACCAACGCCGGUGCUGUAAAACCUGUCAAUCAUACGGCUGAUGUCUCCCACUCAGCAAAAAAAAAAAACCAGCAUUGCAACCAGUCGCAUAUGAUAAUGUGAACAACCCUUGAUUGACCAUAUAGUAUUUGUGUACUUUAGACCAGCCCUGUUUAUAUGCUAGAUUUAAAGCUUUAUUGGCCUGUAUAUACACGUUUAUGAAAAUACAUCUCAUCAACAGCUGAACGACGUACAGGUGUUUGGUUUUCCCCAACGCUUUUUCUAGCUGCACUUAAAAAAAAAUACUAUUUAAGCAAUUUGUGCGCCCAGAACUUGUAUCUGCUGUUUUCAGCAAUAAGAGAGGGAGCAGAGAAAAGUCAUACUUUACCCCUGUAUUCUAAACUCUGACUUCAUUCUAACCUUGGUUGAAAUGUUUGACUAACUAUGGAUAGCCAAUAAUGUUGAAACUUUUUAAUGCUGUUAUAUAGAAUGAAGAUUGUCAGCAAAAUGUCCUCUUGGCACAUUCAUGCUCACAAAUAGAAAAGAUGAGUGCAUUGUUGUUGAUGAAGUUUUCAUGUUUGUUUGAGAUCAUAUUGAAGCCUAUUUUCUAUAUUCGUUACUUCAGAACCUCGGUCCUGUUGUCGUAUAACAACAACAAAUGCACAAUUUCUAUAACAAAUUCAUCUUCUGUCAAUCAAGUUGCAUGAUUUCAGUAUCUUUUGAUGAAAACAAGUUUUAUGAAAUAGACCCUCUGGUUUUAAUAAAGAAAACAAAUCCAUUUUAACCUUUGGACUGUAUCAAAUGCAUAUUUUCUUAAUAAAUUAUUCAUUUAAUGUGAAAGAUUUGUAUCUCAUUUGGCUAUCUAUAAUCCAGUCGCAUAUUAAAACCAAACGUUCAGUUCAACAAGAAUUCACAAAACAUGCCAUACUCUCUCUCAUCAAAAUGAUACAAAACAACACAUUAAGCAUUAGUAAAUUUAUGUGUAUUCAAGUAUAAAAAGUUGAUUUUCAGCAUUUGUUCUCCACUUUUACCCUUCAAAAUUUUCAUAAAAGAGCCAAUCUUUGGCACUCUUUUCUGAAAUCAUAUCAAUCCAAACUUUUCAGUCAAGUAUAAUCUAUGUAACUUUUGUUAAUGGGUAUUGGGAAUUAAAACUAAAAAGUUAACUUUUUGUACAGAAGAAAGGAGACUUUGGAAGCUUUUAUUCUUCAUUAGAUAUUAAUAUAGAACAAGGUAUGAUAAAUUCCAUUACUUGCAUGAAGUCCAUUAGAGUUAGGAAAUCUUUGGAAUGAAGGAUCGUAUGAGAGAAGUAUCAACAGUACUUGAAGGUCAUUAUUUCCUGGGAGACCUGAGUAGCAGGGUGCUACAUGUACAUAAGCACUUGCCUGAAUGCCGGGGGCAAGUUGAAGUUAAAGUCGGGCAAGUGUUUUGAAGUAAAGACCAAAACUACUUGCCCGCGAAUUGGGCAAGCAAAAUUCUCACAGUAGAAUUACCAAAAUUAGGGUCGAUAUGAUAUAUCAACCCUAAAUUUGGUCAUGGCGGGCAAGAUAAAAUCAAUUUGGAAAAAGAAAUGCAAGGAAAAGGAACAUCACUUCAUGUCAAAAGUGAGAGAAAAAAAACAGAUCAGUGGUUUAUAAAACCACAAUAUUUAUUUUGAAGAGGUAAAACUUUCUUUUCAAGGAUUUUUCGGGCAAGCGCAAUAGAAUUUUUUGGCAAGUAUAUUCCAACUAUUUCAAAAUUUGCUUGCCCGACAGGGCGAGUGCUUCUAUAAAGUUAUGUAGCACCCUGCUGACUAGAUAGAUUGUUUUGGCAUAAAUAAACAUUAAUUAAUGGAUCUAUGAAGAGGUAGGUAUAUAUACAUGCAUACCACUGCACACUAUUCAGUUGGUUGUUCCAGUACCAGUAGUAGUAUCAUUAUGAUUAUUUGUUUAUUGUCAUUAUCAUUUAUAUGGUGCUGUUUAGGAUCUAGUAUUAUAUGACAACUUGUUGCGGUUUUAGCCCUCUGUAAAAAUAGAUCUAGCUUAUUUUACCCGAUGUAUAAGAAUUUACAGCAAUAUAUUUUCUAAGCCUCUCCCAGUAAUGGUAUUUCAAAUUGUGUAGAUAAGAAAUGGUCAUUAAUUGAAGUGAAGAAGAAAUAUAUAAAAAUCCUCAAAUAAUGGUUGAGUAUUUAUACAUCUUGUUUUAUUUAACCAUCUUGGUGCUCACAUCAUGGCGAACCAAUGAACUUUCCUUAAGCCCCAUUUGAAAUUUUUAUUCAUUAAAAAUUCAGUACAGUUGACGAAGUGGUGAAGUCUAAUUAUAUUUCAACUUGAAUUUCAUAUUUUUCUUUCAGUUGUUUUGACCACAAAUAAAAAAAAAUAUUUAAAAGACACAUUUUUGGAAUAUUGAUUGCCAUUUGUUAAUACAACAGUCAAAAACUUUAUACCUAAAUGAAAUUCUAGUUUGUGCCUUAAUAUUCAUCUGUUUUGAUUUUGCAUAAUGUCACCAUAUUAAAAUGGAAUAUCAAGUUUCUGUGGUUGAAGAAAGAAAAGAAAUGUGGGAUUAAAAUUACCUUCUAUUGCUAUCAAUGAACAUAUUUUUGUGCUGCCACCUUGCACGUAUUAUAUUAGCAGAUAGAUUUGUUUGGAUUGUUUUGUAUGUAUACAUGUAUCAUAUACUCAUAUUGUCUUCCUAGAUGCUGUUGUGACUUUCAUGACUGCAUCAUGAAUUCAUUGGUAUUUUGUCAUUGCUUUGUGUAGAUUUGUGAAGUGUAAUAAUAGUGGCCCAGUCAAACACUCUAAACUCUGUUGUAUCCCAGCACUUCCACAUUUCAUUUUCACCAUAAAAACCUUUCAUGGAGAGUUUAUGAAUUUUGAUAUAUAUUAUUUAAUUUACUAAGAUGCAAAUGUAUGUAUUCAUGUCUAUGCAGUUAACUUAAUUCUGUGCAUACAUGCAUUUAAGUGUCCCCGUUUUAGCUUUUAGCACACUUUGUAAAUAUUUUGAUGUUGAUACAUGGCUAUUUGAUCUGUAGUUAUGAGAGGAGUCUCUUUUGUGUAUUUUAAAUGUAAGUAUUAAAUGGUUAUUACAAAUAAAAGUUAUUUAUAUGGACUAGUAAUUGAAAUGAUGGUGAUUAAGGUCUAUCAUCCUUACAUGUACUCAUUGGAAAGACUGUUUUGACCUAAAUUCACAGAUUCAAACCACAGGAGAUGAAACCCCUUCUCUAAACUUUAAUAAACAUCAAUGAGAAUAAAAUGACCAUGCAUACAUUUCAAGAAAACCUCUAACUGGGUUGGAUUUUAUUUGCAUGCAUGAGAAGCAGGGGGUUUUGCCAUGGUUUGAAAAGACCUUAUUUGUGAAUUUGGGACGUUACUUUACAAAAGUGAAACACUGAUAUUCUUAUUUUAAUUAUUUUUGAUGAUUAGAGUAUGUUUAUGGAGGGUAGUUUUGAUUUGUUCGUAUGAUUGAUUGCCAGGAAAUUGUCCAUGUCUGUCUUUUGUGGCUGAAAUAUUUAAUAAAUGGUAAUGAAUCGAA